AUGACCUUUUAUAAUAACUGAUGCUAUUGUACUAAUCCUGAAGGGUCAGUAUUUAAUUCGACUUCAAAAAAUUGCAAUUGUCCUAAUGGCACAUGGAACGAUGGACGAUACUGUCAAGCAUGCAAUGAAACUUGUAGCUCUUGCACUAACCAAGAUACAUGCGAAUCAAUGUGAAACCUACCUGCGAGCUACAAAAUUAUUAGAAAAUCCUUAUUUUUGAGUAAAAAACCACCCUCCGCAAACGAGCAAAUAAGAUUGAUAUAUAAGUGAUGAUUAGUAUAAUGAAAUAUAUCUAGCUAAUUCUGUUUAAUUUUAAACAGAAACAUAAAUCUCUGCCUUCAGAUUUUUGCGAAAUGUGAUUACUUUAAAUUUCAAAAAAAAAUUAUUAUAAAAUUAUAUAUAAUUAUUUUAAAAAAAAUUAACUCCUUCCGUGCUAAAAUAGUCAGAAUAAGAAGAUUGGGGGAUGGCCCUACAUGCACAUCCUGCAUUGACACAACAAAUAUGAACUUAAUACAAGGAACUUGCAGCUGCAAGGAUCCAUCCUCAUCUUUAAACCCAGCAUCAGGUCUCUGUGAAUACCAAGCUGGGUAUUAUAUGGAAAAUUCAAUUUGUUAUGCCUGCCAACCUCCUUGCAAAACAUGCAUUAAUAGCACUUUUUGCAGUUCUUGCCUUGGCUCAAAUAUGACUUUAGCUGAUGGCAUCUGCUCUUGUCCUGCAAAUUCUACAUUUAGUUUGGCAGAUGGAGUUUGCCAUUGCAUCAUUGGAUAUUUUUUAGAUCAAUCCCAAGUAUGCCAGUCUUGCUUCCUAGGAUGCGCUACUUGCAAUGAUUCGUCAUGCUUAAGUUGUAUGGAUCCAGGUGCGAUGACUAUUCAGAAUGGAGUCUGUAGUUGCAGAUUUCCAGGAGCGCACUUCAAUUCAACCACGAAUAAGUGUGAUUGUCCUGUUGGGAUGUUUAGAAAUGGAUCAGAAUGCUUUUCGUGCUCUGAUGGGUGUUUAUCAUGCACAAGUGAAACAGAAUGUUUAUCUUGUUUUGAGCCAAGAGAGUUUGAUUAUCCAUAUACUUUGAUAAGCGGCAGUUGCGAAUGCCUUUAUAAUAACUUAAAUAAAAUGGUGACGUUGACGGAAACUGGACUCCGAGGCGCACCUCCUAUGGAGCUGGUAGGACCCAUUGCUGAUGAAGCUGAAGAUACAGGUCUCACUCCUGUCCUAAGUAGGCCUUCAGUUGUGGGGAAGCCGUGCAGAACAGGGAAUUUUUAUUUCUCCCCCGAAGGUUUUCCCUGUCCCUGCCAGGUGGGCUAGACAGGUUUUUCCUACCACAUGGUCUUCCCUCACCGGGACCAUCGGGGCACUCUCCAAGAAGUGGCUAUGCCCUGAGGAGAUGAUCCUCUGGACAGGCGGUUCAGAACAGAAAUCAAGAUGGCGUCCGGCCUGGGAGUAUGGUAUCAUCAGAACCCGACCGGGAGUCGUUUUCGAGCUGAGAUGUUGAGGUCCGCUGGUUCGCCCACGUAUGGCCUUUUAAAACUAACUAACUAACUAACUAACUAGCUUUAUAAUAACUCAUUUUCUGAUGGAAGUAAUGGAUGUUCCUGCUCAGAAGGGUACUACCUAACUCAAGAUAAACUUCAGUGUUUGGAUUGUCCAGAUGGCUGCCUAACUUGCUCCUCUUUUAACGGCUUCUGUGGACAAAAUCAAAGUGUAUGCUGCUUAUCAUGUGUUGAUCCUCGAAUGUUUAUCAGUUCCAAUGGCUUAUGCCAAUGUGGGCUAUCGAAUUCUUAUUUCUCCUCUCAGUUAAAGUCUUGCCAGUGUAAUGGAGGCUAUUAUUUGAGCAAUGACACAUGCAGCCUUUGCUCUUUGCCAUGUGGAAACUGCACAACUGAUCCCCUAAAUUGUACUUCUUGUGCACUUCCUGGUCAAAUGACUUUGCUAAAUAACACUUGCUCAUGCACCUCUCCAAGUAGCUCUAUUUAUGACUUGAAACUUAAUGAAUGCAUUUGUCCAACAGGGAAAUAUCUGAAUAAUACAAACUGCGACGUUUGUCCAGCAACCUGUAUGAGCUGUGAGAGUAGUGCAAAUUGCUUAAGUUGUGUAGACCCAAUUCAUAUGACAAUUGGUAAUAAUGGGAUUUGCACUUGUCCUAAAAACUCAACUUUUGACGGAAAAGCUUGCGUUUGCAAUAAUAAUUAUUUCUGACGUGGAUUAGAGUGCACUUAUUGCAAGUCACCAUGCAAUAAAUGUGUAAGCCAAACUAUUUGCCUAAGCUGUAUGGAUCCAAAUAAUUUUGCUUUGAAAAAUGGAGAGUGUAGAUGCAGAGAUCCCAAUGCACAUUUUAAUAACGUUGAAGACUUGUGUGUUUGCAAUGAUGGAUACUUUAUGGUAAAUUCAGCAUGUAGGGCUUGCCAAGUUACUUGCAGCACAUGCGAAAAUAGCAUAGCCUGCACAGGCUGCAUUGAUAAAGAUUAUAUGAACUUAAUUAAUGGUAUCUGUGCUUGCAACGAUACUAAUGCAAGUUUUAUUUCGAGCCAAAAAAAGUGUGUGUGCAAUCAAGGAUAUCAAUUAGUUAAUAGCGUGUGCAUAGAAUGCCCUGUGGAAUAUUCUGCAUGCUCUGCUAGUAAUGUAUGCACACAAUGCGUAAAUCCAGAAGAAAUGACUGUCAUAUCAGUAGCUUGUAUUUGCAAUAUAAAUAAUACGAUUUAUGAUUCUUUUUCAAAUAGCUGUUCUUGCAAAGAGAAAUAUUAUUAUGAUGGAAAUGAAUGUGUUGCUUGCCAAUCUCCUUUGUGCGCUAGAUGUGAAAAUAAUAGAUGCUCAUCGUGCAAUUAUCCUGUUAAUAUGGAUCUAAGCUGUGGAAUCUGCUCGUGUAGCGAUCCAAAUUCAUAUUUUAAUACUUCAUCAGGCCUUUGUGAAUGUUUACAUGAUUUUGAGCCAAAUUUAAUUGAAAAUACUCUGAAAUGUGUUCCAAUAUGAAGUCCAUGCAGAGAGUUUUCAGUAGAUGGCUUAUGCUUGAAGUGCGCUGAUAAUAGUAUGCAAUUAUAUCAAGGUCAAUGUUAUUGCUUAGACCCUAAUGCUUCAUAUAAUAAGACAACUCAAAACUGUACUUGCAAUUUCGGUUAUCAAUUAACAGCCUAUAGUAAGCUUUGUCAGCCAUGCGAUAGUCAGCUGUAUGGGGGUAUUAAUGGUUGUGUUAACUGCAAUAGCGGUAUUUGCUUGGAGUGUCAGAAGGGAAUGAGAUUAGAUUGGAAUAGAUGUAAUUGCUUAUCUGGGCAAAUUUGGAAUGAUUUUAUAGGUACUUGUGUUUGCCUACGCGGCUACUGAAAUAGUACCCAAUGCCCUUCUUGUGGUUGUUACUCGUGCUCAACAAAUGGAGCUUGCUUAGAGCCAUGCUCCCAAAACAGCACUUGAAUCUAUGGGAAAUGCACAUGCAAUAAUGGUUUUUAUGAAUGCAGUCCAAAUCAAUGCUGCACUAUGAGUAGAACGUGUAGUGAUAGAAGUCGAGGUUAUUGCGGUGCUUGUGUAUCAAGCAUGGAAUUGAUAAACGACAACAAGGGAAUCUUAUGUUUAUGCCCUUUUAACUCUGCCUAUAAUUCGCAACUAAAUAAAUGCGUUCCUGCUUGCAGUAUAUUCUGCAACAAUUGUUCAAGCAAUAGUACAUGCUUAUCAUGCCAAGCACCAUUUCUGGCUCAAAAUGAAAAUUGUAUGUGCGAUCCUAAUGCAGUUCAAUCAUGGAAUACUUGCAUUUGUAAGGACGGAUACUAUAUGAACUCAACUUACUCAUGCUUGCCAUGCCCUGAGAAUUGCGCAACAUGCAUUUCAGCUACCAUUUGCACAUCUUGUCGUGGUGAUUUUGUGCUAGUUAAUAAAAAUUGUCUUUGCUCAGAUUUUAACGCUGUGUAUAACAGUCAAAUCAGUCAAUGUGAAUGCAGCACUGGCUAUUACAGUAAGGGCUCUAAAUGUAAAGCUUGCUUGACAACUUGCUAUGAUUGCUUGGAUGAUGGGACAACAUGCACUUCGUGCGUUGAUAAAAUAAUAUGAUUUUAA